CUUCAACCUCUCCGCCCUCUACACCCCCGCCCCGGCUCGCGCGACCUGCCGGCGGUCUCACAGCCCGCCUCUCCUGGCCACCCUGUCACUCAGGUUUCUCACAGCCAAUCGUGCAGCUUCUGUCACCCUCUCCCCACCCCCUCCUGGGAGUGAGGGAAGGACUUGUAAGCUUGGAGACUGGCGGGGGGGGUUGUUGAACAGAGUUAAAUGAUCGAACUUUCCCCCCCUCUCCUCGCUGAGUUUCUGCCGCGCUGAGGCUUCCACGGCUCCCUCCUUUGCCUCAGUGAGGUGAAGCGGAACGUCCUAAGGCGGCUCGGGCUUGCUUUCCUCUCCCGCGGUCCCCGGUGCACACAAAGCCAUGGGAUUUAAGGAGCCCGGCGUGCCUUUGACCCUUCUCCUCUGGAUUACGGCUUCCUGGGGAUGCCUGCCUGGCGCUGCCGCCGUCGGCGGGGCUGGCGAAGCGGCGAGUGGUAGUGCUGCGACUCGCAGGCAGGACGACUUCUCCACGGCGAGUGUUUACGGAGCCAGAUGCACCUCCAGGUGCCUUAGUUUGCAGAUCACUCGCAUCUCCGCCUUUUUCAAGCAUUUCCAGAAUAAUGGUUCUUUGGUCUGGUGCCAGAAUCACAAACAGUGUUCAAAGUGUCUGGAGCCCUGCAAAGAAUCCUGGGACUUGAAGAAAAACCAUUGCCAAAGUUUCUGUGAGCCUCUUUUCCCCAAGAAGAACUAUGAAUGCCUAACUAGCUGUGAAUUCCUCAAAUACAUCUUGUCGGUGAAGCAAGGAGACUGCCCAGCACCUGAGAAGGCUAGUGGCUUUGCGGCUGCCUGUGUUGAAAGCUGUGAGGCUGACAGCGAAUGCUCUGGCAUGAAAAAAUGCUGUUCCAAUGGAUGUGGACAUACAUGCCAAGUACCAAAAAAUCUGUACAAAGGUGUCCCUCUGAAACCCAGAAAAGAAUUAAAAUUUAGUGAAUUUCAAUCUGGACAGCUGGAAGUAAAGUGGUCUUCAAAAUUCAAUAUCUCUAUUGAACCUGUGCUUUAUGUGGUACAAAGGAGAUGGAACUAUGGGAUUCAUCCCAGUGAGGACGAUGCUACUAGUUGGCAAACUGUAGCACAGACCACAGAUGAGAGAAUACAGCUGUCUGACAUUAGGCCAAGCAGGUGGUACCAGUUUCGAGUAGCUGCCAUUAAUGUGCAUGGAACAAGAGGUUUUACAGCUCCCAGCAAGCACUUCCGCUCCUCAAAAGACCCAUCAGCUCCACCUGCCCCAUCUAAUCUUCGAAUGGCCAACUCUACAGUGAGCAGUGAUGGAAGUGUAAGUGUAAAGAUUAUUUGGGAUCUCCCAGAGGAACCUGACAUCCCAGUCCAUCACUACAAAGUCUUCUGGAGCUGGACAGUCAACAGCAAGUCUCUUGUCCCAGCUAAAAAGAAGAGAAGGAAGAGCACAAAUGGGUCCCAGAAUUAUGUAGUUCUUGAAGGUCUCCUGCCCAACAGUAACUACAUGGUGGAACUGCAGGCAGUUACAUACUGGGGUCAAGUGCGCCUGAAAAGUGCCAAAGUGUCUCUUUACUUCAGUUCUACUCAGACAACUGUUAACAACAAAGAACAGGUGUCUAUGACUGGGAAAACAACGGAUGCUCUUCCAUCCUUCAAAGGAAGAAGACCCACUCGUCUUCUUGAAGUUGGAAUACCUUUUUAUCAAGAUGAUCAGCUUCAGGUGAAAGUCUAUUGGAAAAAAACAGAAGAUGCCAGUGGCAGUAGAUACCAUGCCCAGUGGUCUCCAGAGUCUUGUGUGCACAAUGAUACAAAAGGGCCUGAAAAAUCCAGUGGUCUAACAUAUGAAAACUAUAUAAUUCUUCAGAACCUGUUAUUUUCAUGCAAAUACAAAGUUACAGUCCAGCCAGCAAGAUCCAAAGGCCAAUUAAAGGCUGAAAGUAUUUCAUUUACUACUCCACCAUGUUCCGAUCUUAAAGGAAAAAAACACAAGCACAUUAGUUGUCCUAGUGAAGGAGCUGCAGUUGUCCCCAAAGUACUGGCAAAGCCCGAGAAUCUUUCUGCUUCUUUCAUUGUCCAGGACAUCAACAUUACUGGCCACUUUUCCUGGAAAAUAUCAAAGACAAAUCUUCACCUACCCAUGACAGGGUUCCAAGUCACUUGGGCAGAGGUUACGACUGAGAGCAGACAAAACAGCUUACCAAACAGCAUUAUUUCCCAAUCACAGAUAUUGCCAGUAGAUCAUUAUGUACUGACAGUACCCAACCUGAGGCCAUCAACUCUUUACCGUUUAGAAGUACAAGUGUUGACAACAGGGGGAGAAGGACCAGCUACAAUAAAAUCAUUCCGAACACCUGACUUGCUGAUGUCUCCACACAGGCCUCAUCUGAAGCAACAUCAUCCACAUCACUACAAGCCACCACCUGAAAAAUACUAAGCUACAUUGGAUUAUUAACUAACCAGAAAAGAACAUAAAAUGAGCUCUUGCAGGAAGAUCAGAAAAAUGCGUCUGUACUGGAGUAUGAAAUGAUUUUUGCUUCUAAUGGAUGUUCAUCAUUGGAAUAAUGUUUGUACUAAUUCCAGGAUGAAGUAUGUCAUGCAAGGAUCAACUGCAUUCAUGUAAUAGAAAACUUAAAGAGUAUAUGAGUAUAGUGAUUUACUAGCAUCAUAGUGUACACUGUAUGACACUCAGUCUUCUCAAUCUUUAUAACUGUCUAUGUGCAUGGGGUUUUUUUUGUAUUAUAUAGAGUUUUAAAUGUGUAGAUGUAAACCAACAUUUCUCUGUUAAGUUAUCAGUUCACAACAUUAAAAUAUAGAUAUAUAUAUAUAUCUGGUCCUGUAAUUAGUUGUCAGAAGAAACAGAACUUGUUGACACAAAUUCCAUAUUUUGAUUGGUUUUAUGAAGUCCAUAUUAAUGCACUGCAGCAGAUUAAAAAACAGCUAUAUUUCCUUGGCCAAAUAUAUAUGUUACAGCGAAAGUCCUAAAGUGGAUGAAUGUUGGCAUUUACAUGUAAGUGCUAUCAAUCCUAGAUGAUCUUGGCAGAAAGGUAAGUGUAUUAGAAGAAAUACAUAAGAAGUUUAGUAUCUAAGUGAUAGUGAAGUUUGUGAAUGCCUAUUUUCCAGAUAUUCAUAUGUGAAUGUCAAUAAUCAGGAUUAGAUGUAACAUACAUGUAGUCAAACCUCCUACAGUUUUUGAGUAGUAUUUGCAUUUGAUUGGGAGCUAUCAUUUCCCAAUAAAAAAGUUAGUUUUCUGGACUAUUCACAGUGGGAGCUACAAAUUACUUAAGCUAGUUGAAAUAGUUUAAAUCGCUUAGAUUACACAAGUUGGAGUAUUAAUAUUUUUCUUAAGUAGAUUGUGGAUCAUGGCCAUACAUUAAAUGUCAUCUAGGCAAAUCUAUUUUAAAAAAUCACAUUGAACCCAAGGAUGCAUAGAACAUAGAAAGCUGCCUUAUACAGUGUAAGAACAUUGGUCCAUCUAGUUCAAUAUUGCUGAUUGGCAAUAGUUCUCCAAAGUUUCAGGCAGGAGUCUUUCCCAGCCCUACUUGAAGAUGCCAGGAAUUAAACCUUUUUACACACAAAACCGUGUUCUACCACUGAGAUAUGGUAACGGAUCUAAUUCUUAAGUAGUAGUUUAUCAUAUAAUAAUAAUAAUAAUAAUUUAAUUUAUGUGUCGCCUAUCUGGCCAAUGGCCACUCUAGGCGACGUACAAAUCAGUUGCAGUAAAUGCAGCACAAUAAAAUACACAUAAAAUACAAUAUAACAAGGAAACUAUAAAUAGGAAUGAUAACAGUUCAGAGUAAUAGGCAGUUAGUCCUGAAAAUUAACCCUCCCUGGAAGUCCCAAAGGCCUGUCUGAAAAGCCAGGUCUUCAAGGCUUUGCGGAAUACAUUCAGGGAAGGGGCAUGCCGAAGAUCGUACGUAGAUAACUAGAUAUGUAUUCUAGUUAUCCUGAUAGAUGUAGUCAUUUACUUUCCAGUUCUUAACAACCAACAAAGGAUAUUCACUUGUAUCCAGUAAUAUAUGCAUUGUACAUCCCAGCCUGCAGAGGGUUUCCUUUUAUUUUAGCUGAGGGAACCGGUUUGUGAAUGCAGAAGAAUGUUUGUGCAAUCUGCUCUCUCAAUGCAAAUCGUUGGUGGGAAAACUUUGACCACAUUCUCACAUGCAGAACUUUCUAGGGGGCUGUAUGGCAGUGGUUGGAUGGGCUAGAGGCAAAAGUAGGCAGGGCAUAGGUAUGACUUUUACCUUUGUACAGUAGACUACAAUCUUGCUAUGCAAAAGUCAGAAGUCUCUCGCUUACACACACCAUCUCUCCAUGCAGGCAAGCAAGAGACGUGCUACAUGUUUGUAGCAUGUAGUUCAGAGUUACACCAUCAGAUUUUACAACUAAAUGUUUUUCUUUUGUUCAUUUUGCUUUAUAAGCAUGAUUUAACAUGCAUGAUGGAAGGUUUCUAGAUAUCCUGCUUGUUAAUUAAUACACAAUUCUGAUUUAGGUGGUAAGACCUUGGAUGAAAUUUCUCAGUGGAAAAUUACAGGGUUAUACUACUUUUCUUUAUAUUUUUAUGACUCAUCUUUUUAAAAAACUGAAUGCAUUGUUCAUUAAUGUUAAGCCGAAUACAUUGUUCAUUAAUGUUAACGUUAAGCUGUGUGUUCAUAGAGAAAAAUAAGAAUAUACUAUUUUCCAAUGCUUGGAAAUCAAAAUUCUCUGAGCUGCACCUGAAAGUAGUUCCCAUAAUUGCCAGGUGAAUUAACUUCAUUCCUAUAAAGAAAGUUAGAAAGCAAAACAUGGAGGCAAUGUUCUAAGGCUUAUUAGACAGAUAUAGAGGCUGAGGAUGUUUGGUUACUUAAUCAUUGUUGCUAUGCAAUCAGAGGGAAGAAAUGUGAGGCAUUUCUUGUAUCUUCCCUGCUGAGGAGAUUCAUUCUCUUCCAAUAGGAGCAACUUAUAGUGAGAAAUACAGGAACAAAGCAAAUGAUGCCUUGUGCUUUUAACAGCUCUGUGGCUGUCAGAAAUUAAACAAGGUAAGCUUUUCUAAUAUGGAAAUAAAAUAAUGAAGAAAGGAUCACCUGUUGACAUUCUGUGUGUCAGACAUCUUUUUACUUGUCUGUGGCCCUGAAUUACUUUUGGACCUUAUGCUUCAGCACAGCAGCUUGUAAUGUUCUGAAUGCUCACAAAAAUUUGCGGAGGAUGAACUUUUUAUGAACUAAAAGUUCAUUUGGAUGAACUUGAACUGAACCAGUUCAUUUUGUAAAAGGAUGAAGAACUUGAACUAGUUCAUUUUUGGACAGAAUUAACAAGAAUUAAUUCCUUUUUAAGAUCAACUUUAUAAGUGCUGCCUCUUUCUUAAAGGACGAUAGAGGCCAUACUAAUAUGACUACACAUGUUAGUGAGUCAAGAAAGCAGAGGCAGAGAGUUGUCCUUGAAUUAUUCCAUAAGCAUUUAUGGCCUUUGUGAGCAAUUAUUCCAUAGCUGGUGUUGCAGGCAUAAUUUAUUGCUUCAGAGGGUUGCAUGUGUUCAUCACUUCACUACAGUAUCAAGUAAAGACUUACAUGCAUGAAAUAGUCAUUACAUUUCAAGUACUAUAGGCAUAUAUAGCUUUUGUGUCAGCUGAUAUCACUCAAAUGGUGGAGACAAGUCAUAUGGAGACAGUGCACAGGCUCAGCUUCAAAGUUCUGAGACUCUGAGAACAGUUUCUAUGCAUUUAGUUUUCAUAUAAUAAUUUUUCUUUCUUUCUGAUUUCAAGGGAAAUAGAGCAGAGACCCACAUGCAUCUUGAGUUCUCCAGUUUGGAUUUUAGUGCUAAAUUAUAGUAUAGCAUUGUAUGUGAAUUUGGCCAAUGCUGUUCAGUGGAGUUGGCUAAUGCAGCCAGUUUGCAAGUAAUCAACUUAUACACUUGUAUCUGUGAACAUCCCUGACCAUAGGGAGUGAAACUCCCAUUGAUAUCUGUGUCAUUUUGAAAAGGGUUAAAUUAAUGCUUAAACUGCAUUGAAAUCACCCUGAUAUAUCACUAUGCCAGUGCUUGUCUAUAUGAGAAUGGGUUUAGUUACAAGAAUACCAGCUGCCUUCAGUCAGAGUUCAAAGAAUUAUAGGAUCAGAGCCCAAAUAGUUUCAUUCAGAUGUAUUGCCUUUUAAAAAAAGGGGUGGGGUAUAAUAGCAGUUGUGAUACUAACUUAUUUAUUUUUGAAAUACAAAACUUUUUUUAAAAAUCCCUUUGUUAAGAUGUGUUACGUAUUCUUAAAUCUUUGAUCAAUACCUGUGGAGAUGCAAGUUGCUAUAAAUGUCAUAUACUCCUGCACAUUGUAACUGGGAAUAUGAUACUUAUGUUGCUGCAUGUUUUUUAAAAAAUAAAUAAAACUUUAUUUAAAAAUAAAUUAAUACCUACAGGUGUUGAUGGAUUUAUAUGGUUUGCAUGUCAAAACUCAUAAUUCAGUUACAGACAUGAAGUCUAUGACUGUAUUACCUUGCUUGAAUAUGUUGGUAAGGUACAAUUUGCAAAGUAAUUAACAGAGGUACUAUAUUUAAAAAUAUUUUAUGUGAUUAUAUUGUAGUGUGGAGAUAACAAAACUACUUAUCUGUUAAUUAAAUUGGCUGUGGAAAUCACAUUCUUAGAACAGUCAUUUGAAAACCAGUAUUUAUUUAUAUGUUUUACAAAAGAUGGUUCAUUUGUGU